AUGGACCAAUUCCACCAUCUAUUUCAAAACCUUUCAUCACUCACCGUUUUAAGCCUUGGCACAAACUCUCUUAGUGGUCCAGUUCCUUACGAAUUGGGUCGUCUUCAAAGGCUACAAGUCCUUGAUCUCACCAUAAACAACCUCACCGGAACAAUCCCUCCUUCUAUUUACAACAUCUCUUCUCUAGUCUCUUUGGUUCUUGCUUCAAACAACUUUUGGGGUCAGUUUCCAAGAAACAUAGGAGAGACACUUCCAAAUCUCUUGGUUUUCAACACGUGCUUCAAUAAGUUCACCGGAGAGAUUCCAGCUUCUCUACAUAACCUCACAAACAUUAAGGUGAUUCGCGCUGCGCAUAACCUUCUAGAAGGGACAAUACCACCAGGAAUAGGCAAUCUCCCAUUCCUAGAAAUGUACAACGUUGGAUUCAACAAGAUAGUUUGGGAUGGAGAUCAAAAUCUUGAUAAUUUCAUCAAGUCUUUGAGUAACAACUCCCAACUUAAUUUCCUUGCUUUUGAUGGAAAUCUAUUGGAGGGUGUUAUUCCAAUAUCUAUUGGCAAUCUCUCAAAGCAUCUUUCGAAACUUUUCAUGGGAGGAAAUCGCUUCACGGGUAAUAUUCCUGAAUCUAUUGGCUAUCUCACAGGCUUGAACCUUCUUAACAUGAGUGACAACUCACUCACUGGUGUUAUUCCUCGAGAGAUUGGUAAUCUGAAAGGGUUGCAAGUGCUAGAACUAGCCGGAAAUCAACUUGUUGGAAGAAUCCCGGAUUCUUUUGGCGAUCUGGGUGCGUUAAAUGAGAUCAAUCUAUCGAAGAACAAACUAGAAGGUAUGAUCCCGCCAUCAUUUAGAAACUUCAAGAAUGUGUUAUCCAUGGACAUAUCCAACAAUAUGCUAAAUGGAAGCAUACCAAAUGGAGUUUUUAACCUACCUAGCUUGAGUUCCGUCUUAAAUCUAUCUAGAAACCUAUUUGUUGGCCAUAUUCCUGAAGAUAUAAGUCGCCUGGAAAGCGUUGUAAGCCUAGAUCUAUCUGAUAACAAGUUCUCUGGUAGCAUUCCUUCAUCUAUCAAAGGUUGUCAGAGCUUGGAGAAGCUCAACAUGGCAAGGAAUCAUCUUUCCGGACCAAUACCGAAAACAUUAGCAGAAUUAAAAGGUCUAGAGCUUCUAGAUGUCUCUUCAAACCAAUUCUCCGGUGUCAUUCCUCCGGAACUUCAAGAUUUACAUGCUUUGAAGUUCUUGAAUCUUUUAUUCAACAAUCUUCAAGGAGGGAUUCCAAGUGGUGGGAUUUUCAAGGAUAUAUCUAAAGCUUAUAUGGAGGGAAAUCCAAGGCUAUGCAUCUACACUAGUUGUCGAAAACCUCGGACGCACGGAAAACUUUUGAAAGUAAGCAUUAUCACAUGCGCGGUAGGUGUAAUGGCGAUAUGCAUGAUAACUUUCUUGAUUCUGAAAAGAAAAGCAAAAAAAUCUAUCAAAUCUACAUCAUCAUCAAGUUCACUCCGCAAGCAACCAUUCAUGAAAGUCUCAUACGAUGAGCUGAAGAGAGCCACUGAAGAUUUUAACCCUCGUAAUCUUCUCGGUGUUGGAAGCUUUGGAUCGGUAUUCAAAGGGGUAAUACAAGGAGUUGAUAUCGCGGUAAAAGUCAUCGAUCUCAAAGCAAACGGAUACUAUAAAGGCUUUAUCGCAGAGUGUGAUGCGUUAAGGAAUUUCUUAAGCAAUGGAAGUUUAGAAGAAUGGAUCAAAGGUCGAAAGAUAAAGUCUGAUGGAAGUGUUGGAUUAAGUCUUGAAGAAAGAGUGAAUGUAGGCAUUGACAUUGCAUCUGCACUGGAUUAUUUGCACAAUGAUUGUGAAACACGUGUGGUUCAUUGUGAUCUAAAACCAAGCAAUAUUCUUCUAAACGAAGAAAUGGUUGCAAAGGUCGGCGAUUUCGGGCUGGCUCGUGUGUUGUUUGAUGCAUCUGAUGAUCGUCAUCACGCUUCUAUAAGUUCCACACAUGUCUUGAAAGGCUCCAUCGGUUAUAUUCCUCCAGAGUAUGGGCUUGGGGAAAAGCCAUCACAAGCAGGAGAUGUGUAUAGCUUUGGAGUGUUGUUUUAUGGGUUUGAAAAGAAUGCAAUCAUGGAAGUGAUUGAUCCUAAACUUAAGGGACUCAUUGAUAUUUCUGGUGCACAACUUCAUACAAAACUUGAUUCUCUUAACAAAAUUGUGGAAGUUGGCUUGGCUUGCACCGCCUAUGCAGCUGGUGAACGGAUCGACAUGAGAGAUGUGUUACGCUUAUUGAAAGAGGCCAAGGACAUACUUGGCAAUGCAAGAGAAAGAGACUGGAAAUUCCCAAUUCCUGUAAAGCAUAAAGAUUUCGAAUUUCUGAUUAAGAAGUUAGCUCCGCCGCUCACGGCUGUUAUACUCGCGGUGUCUCCGAUCUGUUACCCACCAGAAUCUCUUGGGCAAACUUUGGAUAUACAAAGAGGAGCAACAUUGUUUAAUAGAGCUUGUAUCGGGUGUCACGAUACAGGUGGAAACAUUAUUCAACCAGGCGCAACGCUUUUCACAAGUGACCUCCAAAGAAAUGGAGUUGACACUGAGGAAGAGAUUUUCCGUGUUACCUACUACGGAAAGGGAAGAAUGCCGGGAUUUGGCGAGAAAUGCACGCCGAGAGGACAAUGUACCUUUGGACCGCGUUUGCAGGAUGAAGAAAUCAAGCUUCUGUCUGAAUUUGUAAAGUUUCAGGCUGACCAAGGUUGGCCAAAUGUAUCUACCGACUAG